AUGUAUUUCUUAUCUGUGAAUAUAACAUUUACAACGGUGAUCAAAUUUCUCUCGUUCGAUGAAGUCAGAGUUUUCUCGUUUUCGGAUCUUUCUAUUCGAUGUCCGAAUGGUCGACAAGCUUUACAUUCGUUUGAUGUAACCACUCUAUCGUUUUCUGUCCAAUGCUCAACACCAGGUCAGUCAUGUCGCGAACGAAUGGGUCUUUGUAAUGAACAUCACGUAUGUUGUCCACGUACAUUAAAAAUGUCGUCGAAACCGUAUCUUUACGAUCGAGCAUCGAAUUUGAAAUUCGUUCGCAUUGGAAAUGAUUAUAAAGACUUCUAUCGAUUGUUUGAAAUUGAUUUGUUGAUGAAUUCCAAACGAAGUUAUGAUUAUCAUUCACGUUGGCUUUUCUUUGAUGAAACUCUGAUAGAUCUGUUUGAAAUGCCGAAAGCAAGAUUUUGGCUUCCAAUUAUUCAAUGUCUGCAGAAUCACGGCCUGUCUUAUGCUUUUGUUCCUAACAACGCUACAUCCGUCACUUCAAACGUUAGCGCAAUGACGAUCUUAACACGGAAAAAUGAUUCACUCGACAGUAUGUACAUUUGUUAUAUGGCAACAAGAAAAGAACAUCGAAGGCAAGGUUUAGCGACUCAGUUAUUACAACAUAUCGUUCGACGAUCAUUAAAUGAACGAGAGAAUGGUCUGCAGUAUAUAACAUUGCAUGUUAAUACAAUGAAUACAGCUGCUUUGGAACUCUACGAGAGAUGUGGUUGGCGGUGUGAAAGGUUUUUGCCAGGUCAUCUGAAUUAUGAUCCGCAUCAUUCAACAAAUCAUGCGUAUUUGUUGAAACUCCGUUUGACUGGUGUGAGGAAUAUAACGGGCUUGUGUCGAGAUCGAUAUGCUGUGGAUAUCGAACCGUCAGAUGAUGAACAAAGUGUAAGAAAUUGUAACCGUCAACCAAUCUAUUGA